GGGGUAUUUUUGUCUUUUUAAACACAGCUUCCUUCUAUUCAUAGGCAAUGGGUGGCGGGAAAACCGGUUGCCCUCGUUGUUCCUCCUCUUCCCCUCCUCCAUUAAUGGCCUCUCUUCGUCUCUCCUCCUUCGGCUGCUGGCUCUUGCUCUCCCCAACGCAAGUCUCAGCCUCAGCUUGAAUUUUCAUUGACACCUGUCUAACCUUCACCUGUCAUUGGUUUGAUGCUUCUUCCUCUUAGAAGUUUGUUGAGUAGGUAUCUUGGGGAGUGGAAGAUGGGGCUUUCGGGGCCAGACUAUUCAAGUCAUGACUUCAAAACCACUACAACAACUUCCAUAAGACUAGCUAUGGAUGGCUCAUCAAGUCUAGCAGUGACUUUUACUGAUUUUGAGCUGAUUAAUUACUGCCCAGAUGUAUUCAGGUCCCUUCAGGAUUUUGCGAAGGUUAAUUCUGAUGCUUACAUGCUUUCUGUAUAUGGCAAUGAAACUUUGAGGAAGAUUGCUUCUCCUUGGAAAUGCAGCAGCCCUAUCCACUUCUCACAAGAUCAUAAGUUCAUUAUAAAGAUCAUUCGCAAAUCUGAGAUGAAGGUUUUCUUAGAUAUGCUGCCAAAAUAUUAUGGCCACGCUAGAAAAUAUCCUAACACUUUACUUACAAAAAUAUUUGGGCUUCAUGUUGUCAAACCAGUUGAAGGGCCAAAGGUUCGUUUUGUUGUGACGGGGAAUAUACUUAACUCAAAUCUAUGCAUUCACAAGCGAUUCAAUCUCAAAGGUUCUUCCCAAGGCCGUGGUCUCACCAAGGGAGUAGGUGAUGACAAUGCUAUGUACAAGGAUGUAGACCUGGAUGUUGUUUUCCAUCUUGAUAGAACAACACGAGCGAAACUUUUAGAACAAAUAAUGCAUGACUGUGACUUCCUGGAAGGAAUUGGUGUCAUGGAUUACAGUCUCUUGGUGGGAAUGCAUAUACGUCGUGCUUCAAAUAGUGAUUUGCUUCCUAGAGAUCAAAGCCCGUGUAAUGUAGGAUCUGUUGAUACCAAAAGAAAGCGAUCAGACAGCCACAGCUCAGUACAAAGUGAUUACGAUCAAGAUUUGUCUUCUACAAGUGACAUGCAAUCGAAUUAUUCGUAUGAAGAACAUGAUGACAGACUUGGAGUGCGAACUCUGGCCCAUGCAGUAAAAAUUCAGAAGAUCGAAAGCGGGGGAUUAACAAUUUUUCGUAAUACAGGAAAGGAAGAACCAAGUGAUGUGAUUCUAUACUUUGAAAUUAUCGAUAUUUUGCAAGGAUACAACAUGGUGAAACGUGUGGAGCAUGUGUUCAAGUCUCUGCAAUUCGAUGCACAGUCAAUCUCGGCAGUUAAUCCGAACUAUUAUUCGACUCGGUUUCAAGAUUUCUUAUCCAAAGUUUUCCCUGAAAAUCACUCUCUUCUUUAAUGUGUGAUUCAUUUAAAAAAAAAAAAAAAAAUCCAAUGUGAUUUGAGGCAUUUGUUUGUAUCUUGAGAAAGCAUGGAUCAUUCUUCAAAUGGUUUU